AUGGGAGAAGAAGCUGUUUGUUUGGAGAUGCCAGUGCAAGGAGAAGACAUGGGUGACGAGAAUCGAUCAACGAAGAACGAAUUGAAGAGAGACCGUCUGUGUAUUGAAGAAGACAAUGUAGAAGGAGAGCUUUAUUCCAACAAGAGGCAAGCGAAGGAGGCUUCAAACGAUGAUAUUAGGUCAGAAAUAUCAAACCCAGUCCCAUCUCCGGUGGAUAAUACUUCUAGUUUUCGCGAUAUCACAAGCCAUCCGGUUAAAUCGAGCUCUGGGGAUCGCGUUGGGUCUUGUUCCGGCAGUGAUUCUGGUUCCGACGAGACAGUGAGCGACGAGGAACACUGUGAGUACGGCGAUGCGGUACCGUCUAGCUUUGUAUUGGAGAUUCCAAAGCAUCUUAGCACAACCGGGAUAACGAAAAUCACGUUUAAGCUCAGUAAACCAAAGGAGGAGGUCCAGGAGGAGGACUUCUGUGAUUUGCCUAUGAUCAAGGAGCAUCCAUGGGAGGGUGCUUCGUCAAAUGUAGCUUCUUCAACUUUAGAUGUGAAAACGUCGAAGAAGAUUGCCCCUAGCUACUUCGUAUCUAACGUGAAGAAGCUACUGUUGACGGGUAUUCUUGAUGGUGCUCGGGUGAAGUAUGUUUCAACCUCAGUUGUGAGAGAGCUUGACGGGAUAAUCCACUCGGGUGGGUUUAUAUGUGGCUGUGCUGCCUGCAAUUUCACGAAAGUUCUAGGUGCCUAUGAGUUCGAGAAGCAUGCUGGUGGAAAGACAAAGCACCCUAACAAUCACAUAUUUUUGGAGAAUGGAAGGUCGGUUUAUAACAUACUUCACGAGGUGAAGAAUUCUCCUGUUUAUGUUCUUGAGGAGGUGUUGAGGAAAGUGGCAGGUUCUGAUUUUAAUGAGGAAGGCUUUCAGGCAUGGAAAGAAAGAUUCCAGCAGGAUAAUAACAUGGCUGAAGAUGAUAGGAAUCAUACCAUGGAGAAUUCGUUUCAAUCUCUUGUCAGUUAUCCUGGUUCUGGUCGAUCUUUUGAUGAGAGUCAAAGCUUUACUCCAUAUUUCCCAGAGAACAAUUACUUUGGAAAGAAAAAGAAGCCAAAAGCAAAGAAGCUUCCCUCUCAUACGUUUGGUUCGAGUUGCCGUAAGAAAGUUUCUGAAGGCGGCAAUAAGAAGAGGGACAACGAUUUACACCGUUUGCUAUUUUUGCCGAAUGGGCUACCAGAUGGGACUGAAUUGGGUUACUAUAUGAAAGGACAGAGUCUACUGCAGGGUUACAAGCAAGGAAGUGGUAUAGUAUGUAGCUGCUGCGACAGAAAGAUUAGCCCUUCACUAUUUGAAUCGCAUGCUGGAAUGUCUAUUAGGCGACAACCUUAUCGUCAUAUCUGCAUAACUUCUGGAUUGUCAUUGCAUGACAUAGCCCUGUCAUUGGCGGAUGGCCAUGUCAUUACAACUGGUGACAAUGAUGACAUUUGUUCCAUUUGUGGCGAUGGUGGAAAUUUGCUACCCUGUGCUGGAUGUCCUCAAGCAUUUCAUACAGCAUGCUUGAAAUUUCAAUCUAUGCCUGAAGGUACUUGGUACUGUUCAAGCUGCAAUGAUGGAACUCCCUCUAGUAAAAUGGCCACUGCUACUGAUCCCAAUUCAAAACCGAUAGUCAUAAGACUGACAAGAGUUGUUAAAGCACCAGAAAGUGAAAUCGGUGGUUGCGUGUUCUGCAGGUCCCAUGAUUUUAGCGUUGGGAAAUUUGAUGAUAGGACAGUUAUUCUCUGUGACCAGUGUGAGAAAGAGUACCACGUCGGUUGUCUCAGGGAGAAUGAGCUUUGUGAUUUGAAAGGAAUCCCCCAAGAUAAAUGGUUCUGUUGUAGUGACUGCAGCAGGAUUCACACGGCUCUCCAGAGUUCUGUUUCCUGUGGGCCACAAACUAUUUCCACGCAUUUGUUAGAGACGAUAAGCAGAAAGGACAGAGAAAAAGGAAUAUGUACCGACAAUGGAGAUACUGUGGAAUGGAUGAUGCUUAGUGGAAAAAGUCGAUACCCCGAGCAUCUACCCUUUCUUUCACGAGCGUCUACUAUUUUCAAGGAGUGUUUCGAUCCCAUAGUGGCAACGUCUGGUCGUGAUCUUAUUCCUGUCAUGGUCUAUGGGAGAAAUAUAUCAGGCCAGGAGUUUGGAGGAAUGUAUUGCUUGGUCCUGAUGGUGAAUUCCCUUGUUGUUUCUGCUGCGCUGCUUAGGAUAUUUGGUCAGAAAGUUGCUGAACUUCCUAUUGUAGCUACAAGCCGAGAGUAUCAGGGAAGGGGAUACUUUCAAGGGCUGUUUGGUUGCGUAGAGAAUCUUCUUUCUUCACUGAAUGUUGAGAACUUGCUUCUCCCAGCAGCUGAAGAAGCCGAGUCUAUCUGGACAAAGAAAUUUGGCUUCACAAAGAUGACUGAACAGCAAUUGCAAAAGUACCAGAGAGAAGUGCAACUUACAAUCUUCAAGGGAACAUCGAUGCUGGAGAAGAAAGUGCCUAGGUUUACGGAAACAACUUCACCAAUCUGA